AUGGCGGCGGGCGCGGGGGCCCGAGCGGGGCCGCGCGGCCUCAAGGCGUGGUGGGAGCCGCUGAGCCCCGGGCAGCUGCGGCGCCUGCGGGAGCACCGCUACUGCGCGCAGGGCGUGUCGCUGCUCGAGCCGCCGCUGCAGCGCUACUGGACCUGGCUGCUCGGCUGGGUGCCGCUCUCGCUCGCCCCCAACGCCAUCACGCUGCUGGGCCUGCUCGCCAACCUGCUCGCCACGCUCGUGCUCGUCGCCCACUGCCCCACGGCCACCGAGGAGGCACCAUACUGGACAUACCUGUUAUGUGCUCUAGGACUCUUUAUCUACCAGUCACUGGAUGCAAUUGAUGGAAAACAGGCCAGAAGAAUAAAUGCUUGCUCUCCUUUAGGGGAACUCUUUGACCAUGGUUGUGAUUCACUUUCCACAGUAUUGAUGGCAGUUGGAGCUUCACUUGCGGUGCGCCUCGGAACACAUCCUGAUGGGCUCUUCUUUUGCUCUUUCAUUGGCAUGUUCAUGUUUUAUUGUGCCCACUGGCAGACUUAUGUUUCAGGCAUCUUGAGGUUUGGAAAAGUGGAUGUAACAGAAAUCCAAAUAGCUUUAAUGAUGGUGUUUGUAUUGUCUGCACUUGGUGGAGCAACAAUGUGGGACUAUACGAUACCCAUUCUAGAAAUAAAAUUGAAGACCUUUCCAAUUCUUGGAGUAGUAGGUGGAGCAAUAUAUUCCUGUUCCAAUUAUUUCCAUGUGAUCCUCCAUGGAGGUGUUGGCAAGAAUGGAUCCACUAUAGCAGGUACCAGUGUCUUGUCACCUGGACUCCAUAUAGGAAUAAUUAUUAUACUGGCAGUAAUGAUUUAUAAAAAGUCAGCAACUAACAUGUUUGAAAAGCAUCCUUGUUUAUAUACCCUGAUGUUUGGAUGUGUCUUUGCUAAAGUCUCACAAAAGUUGGUGAUAGCACACAUGACCAAAAGUGAACUGUAUCUUCAAGACACUGUCUUUUUUGGCCCAGGUCUUUUAUUUUUAAAUCAAUAUUUUAAUAAUUUUGUAGAUGAACAUGUUGUUUUAUGGAUAGCAAUGGUCAUUUCUUCAUUUGAUAUGAUGAUGUACUUUAGUGCUUUGUGCCUGCAAAUUUCAAGACACCUUCAUAUAAAUAUUUUCAAGACUUCAUAUCAUCAAGCACCUGAACAGGUUCACAAACAUAUUGACUAAUAAACCAAGGAAAAGAGGAGAAGCAGUUAGGGAAACCUGUGAGUGAAGGAAAUUCCCCUUUGUAGGAGGCUAGUAGAUUAUAAAAUAAGGUUAUAUUUUAAUAUGAACCAUUAAGACCUGCAUAGUAUGUCUAUUUCAGUUGUGAGGCCCUCAUGUGUAACAUA